CGCACAGAGACAGAUAGACACACAUACGCACACGCUACGUACCGUGAUGAGCAGCGUGUACGCCACCGAGCCCGCAACGUCGGGUCGGGUGAUUUUCGAAACGACACACGGGCCUUUGGAGAUUCAGCUGUGGUGCAACGAAUGUCCCGAAACGACGAGAUUCUUUCUGCAGCUCUGCAUCGACGGAUUUUUCGAUGACAUGCUUUUUCACCGUAUCGUACCCGGGUUUCUCAUCCAAACGGGUGCCAUGCGACAGUCGGAAGCUGUCCACGCCGACUACGCAUUGGAACGCCGUAAAUACGAAUUGCAUUCACGGUUGCGAUUCAAUCAUCGGGGACAAGUCGCUAUGGCUUUGAAUCUAGAUGACGAUCACGACCGGAACAAUGGUGACUUGCAGCCGCAGUUCUUUGUAACGCUCGACGAAGCGCCUUAUUUGGACGGCAAACACGUAUUGUUCGGGACCAUAUCGGGUCCUACCAUUUUCAACGCCAUUCGUAUCGGUGGUGUGGAAGUGGAC